AAUCAAUGGCUGUACAGUUAUAAAAUAACCAUUUUAGUUAACAUGAUGGAUGAAUUAACUUAAUGCAUUCAUGUUGCACCAACAUCUUUUCAGCUACACUGGACAUUCAAAGGGAAAAGUUUCAUUAUGGCCUCUGCCAUUAUUUGACAGUUAACAGUGAACACAUAUAGUUAAUCGCACAGCCAAACUGUUAGGUCCUUAAUGUUAAAUACUGAUGCUGCGCCUGCACCAUUAGGCAAAACUACCAGCUCUCCUUGUUAUCUGACGAAGGCCAACAAGAGCUCUUGAUUUGAACAUGUAGCUUGUUUAACCACCAAUCUUCUACGUACAUGUGUGCUUUCCAUUACAUUUCACCAUGAGCACAUACUGAAGGUGGGCCCAUAUUUUAACAUCCACACUGGGUUUAUCAAUAAUUGGGUCCAACCACAGUAAAAUGGUCUAGAUUUGGCCAGUUAGAGUGAGAUCACUGAUUGGUGAGAUGAAAACGUAUUCAAAGCUGUCUGAAUGCACCGUAUUUAUACAAUUAGAUGCUUAAAUGUAUUUUAAUAUUGAUAAUAGAUUUGAUUUCUUUACUAUGUAGAUAGACCAUAUUCUUUCCGAAAGUGCUGUAGCUCCCCCAAGUGGCAGUUCAGUGGUACUUCAGGCCUUAAGUCCUGAGGUGUAACACAUCUUAGUCUCCAUUAUGUAGGCUACUACUGUAACUACAGUGGUACUGUUAACUAAUUCUUCUGAAAAUGUUGAAAACCAAAACAUAUUCACGUCCCUGGUCAGAAUUAACUGAGUUGUUCAUUAACUUGUUUAACUUUGUCAUAGCAGUCCAUCUGAAGGUCAUUACUGAACAUUACAAUGAUAACUGCAUUCAGAUGUAAAGUUUAACAUUUAAAAACUUUUUACAUUGCGUCUUUGUUGUAAUAGUUUCCACGGGGUAGGCUUUAAAAUGUGUCCAUCAUUUGAAGAGUAGCCACAGUGAAGAUGGUUGUCGUGAGGGUAAAAUAUUAAUUGUAUUAAGUUAGAUUUACUUACUGAUCUAAAAGACAUAAAUGCUUCGGGCACUAAACCAGUAGACUUUAAAUGCAGGUAUAGUCACAGCAGACGGCUCUUAAAGCAAAGUGCGCAGCUGCAUAAUGGAGCACAUCGACUCUGCUGUUCUGCCUUGUUGCCGGUCGUACGGCUGUAGGUCGAUGUCUCUGUGUGAAAACACUUUGAGUUGCACACCAGUGGAUCGCUGAUCCCCUGUGAUUAUGGAGGGGCUUGUGUUGUUCUUCAGUGUCGCCAGCUCCCAAAGUAUGAACUGCUUCGUUUAAACUUCAGCAUAUUUUAAUCCUGUCUGAAAUGCCUGAUCUGAAUGUGCAUGGCUUUAGGUGUUAAAAUCGAGAUGUUAUUAACCCUCUAAUAACUGCAGAUGUACCGUAUGUGUAGCUCCUGUGUGGACGCGCACUCUGGCGUGAACGCUCGGGAGCGCGCGCGCUGCUUCAUUGCAGCGUCAUAGGUUUCCGCCCACGACGUAACCGUUGCUGUCCUAAUUCGUGCUUCCGGUGUUAUGGCGGCUUGCAUAAGUCGGUGACAGUAAUGUGAGAUAUUUUGGAAAUGAAUGCGUGUGUUUAGGCAGGUGUGUUUAGGAUGGCGGUGACGCAGCUGUUUCGGCUGGUUACCUGUCGGUCGGCAGCUCGUGCGACACUUCGCGCACACAGGAGGUACAGCAAGGUGUGCCCAGCUUUAUCUGAGCGACUGCGAGUGUUUGAGUCCCUCAGAGAAAAACAAGGCAAUAAGAAGAGAGUUGAAGCUACAGAAACACCCCUCAGUAUCCGACUGGCGGACGGCCGGACAGUAAAGGGAACAGCUGGUGUCACCACGCCUCUCUUUGUUGCUCAGAGUGUCCGUCUGAAAGGAGCGCUGGUCAGUAAGGUGAAUGGGGAGCUGUGGGAGCUUGGACAGCCCCUAGAGGCAGACUGCGAACUACAACUUCUGGGGUUUGACACAGUUGAGGGUAGACAGGCAGCAUGGAGGACAGGAGCAUGUCUCCUGGGCGAAGUGUUGGAGAGGGUGUUUGGUGCAGAGGUGUGCAGAGAAGGAGCGUCAGAGCUCGGGCUUUACUGUGACCACUUGCUGGACAACAGAACCCUGUCUCUGAGUGAUGUGGAGGAGAGAUGUAAACAGGCUGCAGCCCUCAAACUUCCUCUGUCCAAACUGGAGCUGAAUACAGAAGAGGUCCGAGAGCUCUUCCAGAACAGUAAGCUGAGACUGCAGCUUGUUGAGGAGCAGAUGAAUGGCCCCACUGUCACAGUAUACAGGUGUGGGGACAGCAUAGCAGUCUGCAACGGCCCCCUCCUCCCACACACUGGCCUCCUCAAGGUUUUCAAGAUGCUCCAGCUGUCGCCUGUGACCCUGGCCAAUCAGACAGAGUCCUCAGGUUUGAUGCGUCUUAUAGGUGUGGCCUUUCCAGGUGAGAGGGACAAGGAGGAGUGGGAGAAGGAGCAGGAGGAGGCGAGGAGGAGGGACCACAGACGCAUUGGGACAGACCAGGAGCUGUUCUUCUUUAAUGACGUGAGUCCAGGCAGUUGCUUUUUUCUGCCUAAAGGAGCCCACAUCUACAACACUCUCACUGACUUCAUUAAGAGUGAAUACCGAAGGCGAGGCUUCACCGAGGUCGUGACCCCAACUCUGUACAGCACUGCAUUAUGGGAGCGCUCGGGCCACUGGGAGCACUACAGCGAGAACAUGUUCACUGUGACAUCAGAGGGCUCUCAGACCUACGCUCUCAAACCUAUGAACUGUCCUGCACACUGUCUUAUGUUUGAGCAGCGUGUUCGCUCGUGGAGGGAGCUUCCUAUGCGAUGGGCUGACUUUGGGGCGCUGCAUCGUAAUGAGCUCUCUGGAACGCUGGGAGGGCUCACUCGUGUUCGAAGGUUCUGCCAAGAUGAUGCUCACAUCUUCUGCACGCCUGAGCAGCUGCAAGAAGAGAUUGUGGCAUGUUUGGACUUUGUGAGGCGAGUGUAUCAAGUGUUUGGGUUUUCCUUCCACUGCCUUCUGUCUACACGUCCUACGACAUGCCUAGGGGAGCCUGAACAGUGGGAUAAUGCCGAGCAGCAGUUGGAGAGGAGUCUGCAGCAGUUUGGUGAAUGUUGGGAGUUUAACCCAGGAGACGGAGCCUUCUACGGACCAAAGAUUGACAUCCAGAUCAAAGAUGCCAUUGGCAGACAACACCAGUGUGCCACAAUCCAGUUGGACUUCCAGCUGCCAAUCAGAUUUGACCUUCAGUAUGUCGGUCGAGACGGACAGUUGAGCAGGCCUGUUAUGAUCCACAGAGCAGUGCUGGGAUCACUGGAGAGAAUGAUCGCUAUACUGGCUGAAAACUUUGGAGGGAAAUGGCCACUGUGGUUGUCCCCAGCGCAGGUCAUGGUAAUUCCUGUGGGGGGCAACAGUGAGUCAUACGGCAAACAGGUGGUCCGGCAGUUCCGUGAAGCUGGCUUCAUGGCUGAUUUGAAUGACGAUCAGGGAGCAACCUUAAAUAAGAAGAUUCGCUCUGCUCAGCUGGCCCAGUACAACUACAUAUUUGUGGUGGGGGAUAAGGAGAGUGAGAGUGGAACAGUGAAUGUGAGGAGCAGGGGAGGUAAACAGCUGGGGAGGAGGCCAACAGAGGAGGUGCUGACAUCCCUCACACAGCUACGAGACACCAGGAGCAACCGAGAUGAGUUUUGAUGUAAUGUUUCUAUUACAUGUUCAAGCUGUUAUACUUUGGCUUUGUCUGAAGAGGUGGCCGCUAAAAUUUGUAAUAAAAGUAUAUAAAAGAUUA